GUAGCAGUCAGUGUUUAGAAAAGGUAAAGAGGUGACAAAAGAAAGUUGCAUGUUCCUGUCAGGGUCAGUAAUGGGACCAGGAGGGGUUAAACAUGGACCUUAUCUGGGUUGUACACUACACAUGGGGCCUAAAUUAUUAAAAUGACUAGAUCUUUGAGGAAAUUUAAAAGGUUCUUCAAUUCAAAACAUGUUCUUCUAAAACCUUUUCCUGAAGCAUCUUAAGGUUUUUCUCAACUGUUUCAAAAUGAGAAGGCCCUAAAGGUUUCUCAAGGAACUUGUACUUUCCCAGUAAAAUUUCCACUUGAGCAAACCCAUGGACCACAUGGAGCCCACCUGGAACCCACCCAGCCCACGUUCCACCCUUGUGAGCCCCACAUGAGCAUGUUGUCUAGGUUCAGUGUAAGGGUAAAGAGCAGCUGAAUGAGUUCUAUAAGCUUCUCUAAUCAGUAAUCUCGAGAGCUAGCAAUUUGAAUAUUGUGUUGUGAUAAAGCGGCAUUUGCAAAGGCUGAGCAGUCAGGUUGUAAAGAAGAGUCACUUCUAGUUAAAGUCGUUUCAGAAAGGUGCCUCGUCCGCUCAUACAAACAUCUUCUGAGUUUUGUUAUGAAUAAGAGAUGGAGACACUGAAUAAGAAAGUGCCCUGACUGGUUUUCACGGGUGUUUACUGAUCGUCUGUCAGCUGAUGUCUUCAGUAAGCUGAAGUCUAAAGAUGGACACGGACUAAAGCUACUAUGGUUUUACAAUCGAUAACCAGCAUAACGUCCAAAUUCCUAGAAAGAGGGCUGUAAAUGGCAGGGGAACAUGUCUUUCCCAGCUCCUUUAGAGAACUCAUUCUGGGACAUCCGUAUACCUCUUUCACGGGAGGUGAAGUUCAGUAUUUUAGGGAUUUCUGUCACUCUUCUCUUCGUGGCCCUCUGUAUUCUGUUAUGGCAGCUUUGUAGAUACUGCACACAGCCACCCACUCCUGAUAAUGAUGUUAUUUCUCCAGUAUUAGAUGGACAGUCUUAUGAAAACCUUCAAAACAACUCCCCAGCUCCCCACUACCAGUUGGAGUGCCGCCAUGAUGAGGCGGAGCGGAUGAGCCGUUGUCUGUCCCGCAGCUCUGACCUGGCGAGCAGCAUGGACAGUCUGGGGGAGCUGGAUGAGGAGCGUGUUCAGGGAACGCUGCGCUUCUCGCUCUUCUAUGAUCAGCUUCAGUCACGUCUGGUAGUGACAGUGCUGGAGGCCAGAGGCCUGGCGAUGCGGGAGUUCAGCCGCAGUGCUGACCCUUUCGUUCGCCUGCGUCUGCUGUGGGCCUCCAAGGAGGAUGAUGAGCAGCGACUGAGCUGCGUGCUGCAGGAGUGGCAGACUCGGCUAGUGAAGGACAGCUGUAAUCCUAUGUUUGGGGAUCAGUUCUCCUGCAUACUACCCGAGGAGGACGUGUCCAGGGUCACUGUCCGCAUGGAGGUCAGAGAUUUUGAUAAGUUCUCCAGACAUGGAAUCCUUGGGGAAGUCCGUGCUCCUCUCAACAGUCUAAACAUCAUGUACCCCUUGGAAAUGAUGGAUGACUUACAACAUCCAAAGAAAGAUGCUGUUGGAGAGGUCCUUCUCUCUCUGAAAUACAUGCCGACAUCUCAGAGGCUGGAGGUUGGAAUUCUAAAGGCCAGGACCAUUUUCAGGUCCAGUAAGGCAGAGAGAGUGCUCUACGCCAGAACCAGUGUCCUGUGCAACCAGUGCAAAAUUCGACAUCAGAGGACACCAGAGAAGGUUCGGUGGGAUGUGACAGUCUUCAACGAGGUCAUGAUCUUUGUGCUGCCAGACACACAGAUCAGAGAGUGCUCCAUCACGGUGUCCAUCUAUGAGAUGCGUCCUGGGAAGAAGUCCUCCAAGCGCCUGAUUGGUCAGGUCACUUUAGGGAAGAGCAGAAACAUAGAGGAUGAACAUUGGAAGCUCAUGAUGAGGUCACUUCGACAGCCAGUGGCCAAAUGGCAUUUACUCUUCUUAUAAAGACAACUUAUCCAGGCUGAAGGAUCAUAAACCAAGCGUUAAAGGGUUUAAAUUCAGGUGCUGGAAGCCCUUAAGCCAACACAAUGUGGGGACACUUAUUUCAGCAUACCAGCCAAAUACCAGAUUUGGACCAGUUCUUCUGCACCUGAGAUGGAUCUCCCGGCUGUAAAUGACUACGCACUCAAAACAUGAUGAACAAUAUUUUUGUUAUUGUGCAAUAAAAUUAAUAUGGUGAUAAUUCAGCACAUUCACAUUGCUAAUGCAUUUGUUAGCAGUCAAGGCAAAAGAGUGUUCUUUUUCUGUAUGUAGGGAUUGAUGAAUGUGAGAAGAUGGGAGGCACUGUGGAAACACAUGACUGACUUUUAUACAGCUCUGAUCCACAUGAUAUUGAGCAAAUAAUGAUUUCAGGCUUCCAUUUUAGUGCUCUUUGCAUUUUCCAAGAUACAGUCUGGAUCCACAAGAUGGCACACUAGCCACACAUUUUUUUCCACACUGGAUUUAACGCCACAUACAUUUGAAGCUGGAGAGACAUACACACAAAUUGUACUGUUGCUUACACCAUAAGUAAAUACUUAAAGCAUUUUUAAAAGAUUUUUUCUUUUAAAUUCUUUUAAAAAGCAGUAGUAUUCCUGAAUGGAGAGGAAACACACUAUUCCAAUUAAUGCCAUCAAAGUGUUCCUGUGACCCCUGCAAUGCCAAAUAUAUACUUUAUUAAAAGAAAGUAGUCAGGUGAAUGGGGCUGCUAAUAAUGCUGGAUAUAUUCUAGUGGCAAACCUAGGCCCAAUAUUAUUUCCCCUACCCCUUGUUUUCGAGUGUAACCCUUCACCUUGGAACAGAGUUAAAUUUUCUUCCUAAGAAUUGGGACAAUACUUCUUCGGAGAGCUACAGUUCAGCAACCAAACUUUUGGUUAAUUUGUAAACUUUAUAAAAUAGUGGUAAAAUAGUGGUUAUCAUAACUUUUAACAAAGAAAAUCCUCAAAACUGAGGGUUACUGUUGUCGCCACUAACUUGCCAGAGAUUCUCGUACCCCUCUGUUUUGAGUGUGCCUCUGAAAAGUCUCUGUUUGAAGGAUCAUGUAGCCCUAACACUUAACUUCCCUUCCCUACCCCUUCAGCCUAACCAGAAUCAGGACAUCCUACCCCUUGGCAUGCACAUGCAAAAUGUAUGCAUUAAUAAAUGGUCAGUUCUAGAGAAACUUGUCCAUUCAGAUUUUUAUGACAGUGUUGUUAUAUUUAUGAUAUGAUUUUGAGCUUAAACAUGAAACAUAAAAUGUGAGUAGUCCCCUUUAAAAUAAGUUCUACAGAAUAAGGUAUAAUGUCAUUUCCCCAUGUUUACUUUACACUGUUUAAAUUUAAGUCUCAUUUAAAUUAAAUGUUACUGUCCUUUAAUGUUGUUCAAUUUAAUUUAUUUAUAAACCUAAUCUUUUCCCAAUGCUAUAUAAGACACUGGCAACAGUCAAGCAAGAAAUAGAAAAUGUCAAACCACUGUUUACCCAAAGCCAUACAUUUCCACACAAAUAAUGUGUUCAUGCAUUUCUUUAACACUGAUUGUUUUAAAUGUUUCAGACAGCAGAGGGCUCCGCUGCACAGUGUUGGAACUUAAUGGUAAUUCCUAGGUGUGGCAAGGAGACCUUCAGUCUGAGCCACCUAGUUGUAACAUCCUUGUUUGAUCUAAAGUUGUGGCUCUUAAGAAUAAACUCAGGGGAAAUAAAUAACUGAUAAAGACUGACCCAUAUCGGAAAAUAGCAAGGCUGACCAGAUAUGGAGAAGGCCGUUCCCACGUCUCCAACUUCAUAGGCCUCUUAAGGACACCAUAUAGAGGAGAGCUGCAGAAUGCCAAUGGUUUGGGCAUUUUCUUACUUGGAAUGAUGUACAGUAUGAGGUGGUGACCCAUCCAACAGGAUUAUGUGGGACUAGUGGAACAUUGGUUCCAAGUGAGCAAGAGUUCUUAGUUCUGAGGGUUAUACGUGUGUUGUUCCUGGGACCAUAUAGGGCUCUCGAAUGGGCUCUCCCCAUUGUUAUAGCCCACUUUCAUCUCAAAUGGGGGCCAUCUAAGCCCCAUGCGUGUAAAGUGUACAACUCUAUGGGGCUCAUGUUUAACCCCUUCUGUUUCCCGAUUCCUUACAUCCAUAUGUGGGCAAACAUGGAACCCUUGGGCAAAAUUUCCCUGGUCCCUGUUGGACCCUUGAUACAAGCCCCACAUGGGUGUGUUGACUGGGAAAUGAUUUAUUCUAUGCAUAUUAAAAGCCAACUGUCGAAAUGGCCUUCUUAGGAUAUUUUUAAUCUUGUAGAAAUAUAGAAAAACAGCUGACCUAGUUUAAGACCAUCUUAUAAGGUCAUCUUAUAAUGAUUUCAAAUAUUUGGUCUUAUUGCCUUUUUUCCUUUUUCCAUUUUGCUUCAUACCUUUGCUUUGCUCAUAACAGUGCAGUAUAGUAUUAUACAAGGCUGUGGCAAUCAUUCUGUUUGUUUCUGCUGAUACGUAACCAGGCUGGCUCUCUCUGGUGUCGCUGGCAAGGAAAGAGAUUCUUGCACUGGCCUAAAAAAAACAUUGAUUGCAUGACCACUGUCCUGGGCACAGGCUAAGCCUGUUAUUGUGCCAUGUUGAGUUUUGAGUGGAAAAUUACAAUUCGCUGUGCGUAGUCCAGGGGUUGGGUGUGUCUUGAAUACCUUCUUAUCAGAUUAACUUCAGCAUGUCACUUGUUCGGCAGCCAUGCACCUUAUUUGGGUACACUUCCCAUAUUGAUCUUACCUAUAUUACCCUGUAAAUAAAGUAGAUCUAAAGUGUUGCCAUUUCAGUGCUUAUGUUCAUACCUUUGGUGUACAGGGUGCCUUCCAAUCCAAUGACUUUAAAAAAUACUUUUUACGUUUUUAUGUAAUUUUGUGUUGCCUGUCUAGUCCUUAUAGGCAAGUCUGUUCACUUGGGGGCCAUUAUGUCAAAAUCAGCCAGCAGUUUUCUCCAGUCAUAAGAUUCCCAGUUUCCCAUCUCUUUAAAUUGUCUGGGAUUAAAACGCUAUCACUUGAGUUGUUUAUUUUAAACUAAAAGAGGACAAAAUAUUGUAAUAAAUGACAUUAAUUGAGACCAAAGUGUGUUUUCUCUGGCCAAGCUGCACCUCAUGAUUUGCUGAUUAUUGAGGAACACUAAGGCUGCUGAUGAUACUGAUACAAGAGCUACUGAACACAUGGAGAUAUCAGAACAGCAGAGUCCUUGUUUGCUUAUUAAUGCACAGUUAAACCAAAGUAGCCCAGGAUUAGGAACUGAUGAGUGGCGGAGUGACAUUUUUCUUACUGACUGUCACUUUAAUGAAUAAAAUCUGUCCAAAUCCUUGUAAACACAGCAUGUCUGAUGUCUGA